CGGCGGGGAGCUGCCUCGGGCGCUGGGCGACGGCUCGCGCGCCUCCCCGGCGGCCGAGCGCGCAGGCGCGGGCCCCAGUAACCGCCGGUUGGAGGCGGCCGGACCGCAGUGGAGAGACGGCGGCGGCGGGACGCGGGAGCUGCGGCGCGGCGGCCUCUCCCCUCCGCGGUCGCCCCUCGCCCUGCCCUGGGCGCUCUGGCGAGCGAGCCGGCCCUCUCUCCCUUGCCCCCCUAGGACUCCCAGCCCCGGCAGCAACGGCCCAGCGGAGGACGCGGCACCCGCACCCGCGGCUUCGGCGCCCGCGCCGCGACCUUCAGGCGGCGGGAUGUCGGUGGUGGGCAUCGACCUCGGCUUCCUCAACUGCUACAUCGCCGUGGCGAGGAGCGGCGGCAUCGAGACCAUCGCCAACGAGUACAGCGACAGGUGCACCCCGGCCUGUAUAUCUUUGGGAUCAAGAACUCGAGCCAUUGGAAAUGCAGCUAAGAGCCAGAUAGUCACAAAUGUAAGAAAUACAAUUCAUGGCUUCAAAAAACUUCAUGGGCGAUCGUUUGAUGAUCCCAUUGUGCAAACUGAAAGAAUCAGGCUUCCUUAUGAACUGCAAAAGAUGCCUAAUGGAAGUGCUGGAGUCAAGGUGCGAUAUCUAGAGGAAGACAGGCCUUUUGCAAUUGAGCAAGUUACUGGCAUGCUGUUGGCCAAGCUUAAAGAAACUUCAGAAAAUGCCCUGAAGAAACCAGUGGCUGACUGUGUGAUUUCAAUUCCUAGCUUUUUCACUGAUGCUGAGAGAAGAUCUGUGAUGGCUGCAGCUCAGGUUGCAGGCUUAAAUUGCUUAAGGUUGAUGAACGAAACUACUGCAGUUGCACUAGCAUAUGGAAUUUAUAAACAGGAUCUUCCCCCGUUAGAUGAGAAACCAAGAAAUGUAGUAUUUAUUGAUAUGGGACAUUCUGCCUAUCAGGUCUCGGUUUGUGCUUUUAACAAAGGAAAACUUAAAGUCUUGGCUACUACAUUUGACCCAUAUUUGGGUGGCAGGAACUUUGAUGAGGCUUUAGUAGACUACUUCUGUGAUGAGUUCAAGACCAAAUAUAAGUUAAAUGUAAAAGAAAACUCUCGGGCCUUGUUACGUUUGUAUCAGGAAUGCGAAAAACUCAAGAAGCUAAUGAGUGCAAAUGCAUCCGAUCUUCCGUUGAACAUUGAAUGUUUCAUGAAUGACCUUGAUGUUUCUAGUAAAAUGAACAGGGCUCAGUUUGAACAAUUAUGUGCUCCCCUCUUUGCCAGGGUUGAACCACCUUUAAAAGCAGUAAUGGAACAAGCUAACUUACAACGGGAAGACAUAAGUAGUAUUGAAAUUGUAGGGGGAGCAACGCGGAUUCCUGCAGUGAAAGAACAGAUCACGAAGUUCUUCCUUAAGGACAUCAGCACCACCCUAAAUGCUGAUGAAGCUGUUGCAAGAGGAUGCGCAUUACAGUGUGCAAUUCUCUCACCAGCAUUUAAAGUGCGUGAAUUUUCUAUAACAGACCUGGUUCCCUAUUCAAUCACAUUAAGGUGGAAGACCUCUUUUGAAGAUGGAACUGGGGAAUGUGAAGUAUUUUGUAAGAACCAUCCUGCCCCAUUCUCAAAAGUCAUUACUUUCCACAAGAAGGAGCCAUUUGAGCUGGAAGCAUUUUAUACUAAUUUGCAUGAAGUGCCUUAUCCUGAUCCAAGAAUUGGGAUCUUCACUAUUCAGAAUGUUUUUCCACAGUCUGAUGGUGAUAGUUCCAAAGUGAAAGUUAAAGUUCGUGUUAACAUCCAUGGAAUCUUCAGUGUGGCUAGUGCAUCAGUAAUUGAGAAGCAGAAUUUGGAAGGAGACCACAAUGAUUCUCCUAUGGAAACAGAAGCUGCAUUUAAGAAUGAAAACAAAGAUGAUGUGGAUAAAAUGCAGGUUGACCAAGAAGAAGGAAUUCAUCAAAAAGUUCAUGCUGAACACACCCCAGAAGAGGAAAUUGAUCAUACAGGAGCCAAAACAAAGACAACACCCUUAGAAAAACAAGAACGAUUAAAUCAGACCAUUAAAAAGGGAAAAGUCAAAAGUGUUGAUCUACCUAUCCAGAGUACCCUUUGUAGACAGCUGGGCCAAGAUCUUCUCAACAGCUACAUUGAAAAUGAGGGGAAGAUGAUAAUGCAGGAUAAGUUAGAGAAGGAAAGAAAUGAUGCUAAGAAUGCGGUCGAAGAAUAUGUAUAUGAUUUUAGAGACAGACUGGGCACUGUCUAUGAAAAAUUCAUCACUCCAGAAGACAUGAGUAAACUGUCUGCAAUUCUGGAAGACACAGAAAAUUGGCUUUAUGAAGAAGGAGAGGACCAACCUAAACAAGUUUAUGUGGAUAAGCUUCAUGAACUAAAGAAAUAUGGCCAGCCUAUUCAAAUGAAGUAUAUGGAACAUGAAGAGAGACCAAAAGCUUUAAAUGACUUGGGAAAAAAGAUUCAACUUGUCAUGAAAGUGAUAGAAGCCUAUAGAAACAAGGAUGAAAGAUAUGAUCAUUUGGAUCCUGCUGAAAUGGAAAAAGUUGAAAAAUAUAUCAGCGAUGCCAUGAUUUGGCUGAAUACUAAGAUGAAUGCACAGAAUAAAUUAAGUCUCACUCAAGAUCCUGUGGUGAAAGUGUCAGAAAUUGUUGCAAAGUCUAAGGAACUCGAUAAUUUCUGUAACCCCAUCAUUUAUAAACCUAAACCAAAAGUAGAAGUGGCUGAAGACAAAACAAAAGCUAAUAGUGAACAUAACGGACCAAUGGAUGGACAGAGUGGAACUGAAACUAAACCAGAUGCAACAAAAGACAGCACACAGCAUACUAAACCUUCUGGAGAGAUGGAAGUAGACUAAAUCUUAAUUUUACCUUCAUAUAAUUCAAAUAGUGCAAGUAACCACAGGGUCCAUUCAUCUUUUACAUCUGGCACAAAAAACAGAUGUUCCAUUGUUCUUAACUACUUUGUCAUUUGUUUUUUGAAGUAGUUUUGCAAAGUGAGUGCACCUGUCAUUUCAUUGCUGCUUAUGUGAAGCUUCAGCUGAAUAUAGAUGUACAAGUCAGUUUUAACUUUCCUGAUGUAGUUUAUAUCAAACAUGCAGGAUUGGUAUGUAAUUGGCAACAGUCUAUCUAAACCUCACUUCCUUUAUUCAGGAAAGGAUACUGUAUUGCACUAUUGUUGCAGAAGCAUAGAUUUAACUGCAUUGUAAUUUUGAAAAGCAAAAGUUGAUGUGGUUUAAAGCCACUGAGGGUACUGGCCUUUUUCUAGUUAUUGUAUUGUUAUAAUUUAAAUAUUAAAACAAAUAAGAGGUUUCUCAACAAAUUAGUCCAUCUCAUUGGUAUACCACAAGAACUCCAGUUUUGUUGUCAUCAAAUAAAUGAACUAAGUCACAUGUGGAAAGAGAAAAUGCACAAUUUUAUGUUAAAGUGACACCAGCAAUUUGUCUCUUUAGUUAGUAAUGUGCAUUGAUAUUUUCUUAGAAUCUGUGUUUUCACCUGAAACUUUUGAUUUACUUGUCCUGAGGACCUGCUGCUGCUGAAAUAAUACUAGCUUAAAAAGAGAAGCCUUUUUGAUGAAAUUACCUUAUGGGGAAAAUGCUGUUGACCUACUCAGACAUGCAUCUGUGAUGUUGGUACCUCGUUUCAGUUUUAAUAGUUGUGUUGGUUUUCUUAAUUGAUUUUGUUGAUACCUUAACACAGGGUAGGGAGAAAUGGCACAAUGCAUUGCAUUAUUAUAUUAUCAUUGAUUUACUGAAUGUUACAAUAUAAACACUAUUAAAUAAGCAGUAAUACUGAAAAGGAGCACUUAUACCAUAAGACUUAGGAAAUAAUGCUUGUAAUAAACUUAACUGUGUUACAUAUCAAUAGGCAAAAUAUAUAAUGUUACGUAGUGUAAUAUGAUAUGAUGUGAUUAAAUUAUAGUUCCUGCUGUUAAAUUAACUUUUUGAAACCUUGGCUCCAGUUUUGGUGCUUCUUAAUUAAAUGGGAAGGGACAGUAAAUUUAGCAUCAUCACCAGAUUUGUUUACAUCAUUCAGUUCAGUCCAGAGGCUUCAACUUCAUGGAAAAAGACUGAAAUGAUACUUCAGCCUACAAGGGAAAACACAGACGACACAUGGGCCUUUGUGUAUAUAAUGCCAGUCAACUAGAUUAACUUACAUUAAUAUUUUGAAAGGCUGAUUUUAUCCCAGAUCUAAGUUAAAUAAAUCCCAAAGUUAAAUAGUAGUAAAAAAAAAGAAUUAGUAUUGACUUAAGUAGUAGAAAUUGAGAGUAUAAUAUCUCUAGGGAUAGUCAUUAUUUCUCAGAACUAUUCUCUAAGAUAGAGAUUUUGUUUCUACAAUGUAGUUUCCACUGAAAAGAGUACACACAGAGCAGUGCAUUUUACAGAUUUUUUUAUUCUGCCUUUUUUGGGGGAAAUGUCCCAUUUUGCCCCCUUUUUUGCAUUAAGCCAUACAUUUCCAAUGUAUUUUUUGAUAUCUGUAUCUUUCUUUUAAUACUCUUAAAUAAUAUCCUAAAAGUGACGAAAUGUAUUUUUUUUUUAAAGCAGAUAUCAGUUUAUCAUCUGUAUGUGGAAAUAUAUAGGUUCAUUUCAGAAAAAGUACAGUUAUAAAAGGGAAUAUAUAACAGUACAAAAUAGACUAUAGCUUUUUCUUGGUUAAAACUUGCACUCACUUGGUUAAGAUCUGUCUCAGAAACUUUCUCAGAAACAACCCUUUCUUUAUGUCUCAAUUGUCUAGUACAUUCUGACAAUUCCAUUCCUAUUCUUCAGUCACUUCUUUUAGUCAGAACAACAGUUUUUAUAAUUAUAUGACUUCACUAAAUAAGUUAAAUACAUCCAAAACUAGUAUUUUUCCUUCCACUUAGUUCAAUGUAAAUAUUUUCAAAAGCCAUCCAGUCUUAUAGUUAUUUAUUGAAUUAAUGUGUUCUUAAUAUGGUUUUGAGCAGUAUACAGUUUAGUCUAAUUUUAAUCUGCAUUUUGUAAUAUGCAGUUCUAGAUCAUAAAAGUUUUUUUUUUUUUCCCAAAAUAAAAAGCUCUUAGAAGUGAUUUUGAUAAAUAGCAGAACAAUGUUAUCUCGUGUAGUUAGCAAUAAAGUAUGCACAGAAGAAAGGUAUAGAUUAACUUGUACAAAUUUUUUAUGUCUCAAACCAACUCUCAUAGCCAGUUGCAUUGCGAUUAUAAAAAUGAAGAUUGUUGAAUGAUAGAACACUGUUUGUGACAUUUUAAUUCCUUAGCAAUAGACAGAAUUCUUAAGUUUAAAAGAAAAAAAAAAAAAAAAACUCCCCAAAAAAGCACG